UGGGUGUGUGAGUAUCCAUUAUUAAUGACACGCACACAUACUAUGCUGCAUUGUAUUGUCAUUUUUGACGUGAAGAGAUAUUUUCAGUGGAGUUAGAGGUAUCCUCAGACCCUCAAGUUGCUUCCCUUCUUUCACAUCAUCCUUCAGAGGUGCUUGCGGACUGGGAGGCAUUGUGUGAGGAGGGUGCUUCAGGCUCCGGUGAGGGAGUGGAUUGACGAAGGAGAGUGGACCGAAGAGAAGAGGAGGGGAGAGAGGAGAGCAGAUGCUGCCCACACCCUGAGAUGCUCUGCUGGCUGAUAGAAGAUGAGAUGUCUCUGCAGGAGUUCCAGCAACGUGUGGGCUGUGUCAUCACACAUGUCGAUGAGAUCAUGCAGCAAGAGAUCAGGCCGUUGCUGGCUGUCGACAUCAUAGAGCAGCUGCACCGGCAGUUUGCCCUGCUCUCAGGAGGAAGAGGGAAAGAUGGUGCCCCAAUCAUCACCUUCCCUGAGUACUCAGGCUUCGGCGACCUCGUAGCGGAGGACUUCCAGAAUGUUGUAACAUAUCUGACCAGCAUCCCCAGUUUGGACGUGGCCAGCAUCGGUUUCGUUAUAAUCAUCGACCGCAGGCGGGACAAAUGGAGCUCAGUGAAGGCCUCGCUGACGCGGAUAGCGGGAGCAUUUCCAGGGAACCUCCAGCUGGUGUUGGUUCUAAGGCCCUCCCGCUUCUUCCAGAGGGCCAUCGCUGACAUUGGCAUUAAGCUGCACCGGGAUGACUUUAAAAUGAAGGUACCGAUUGUGAUGCUCAACUCCCUAUCUGACUUAUAUGGCUACGUGGAUAAGGGCCAGCUAACAUGUGAGCUUGGUGGGAACCUGGACUACUGUCACAGCCAGUGGAUCCACCGCCGGACAGCCAUUGAGAACUUUGCUGUGACGGUGAAGACCACGGCUCAAAUGCUGCAGAAGUUCGGUACAGACCUGGCAGAGACGGAGCUGCCCAAUGAUGUGCAGUGCACCAAAGACCUACUCACUACUCACACUGAGAAGCACGACAAACUCAAGGAUGAACUGAAAUUAGCGAUGAAACAGGGAACCACUCUACUGGGCUGUAUCAAAGAGCAGGCUGCCAAGUCUGAGAACCACCAGCUAAACCCAGACGAGAUGGAGAACCACACCACUGUGGAAAGGUUGUUGGCCCAGCUAGAUGAGACAGAAAACGCGUUUGAACAGUUCUGGUCCAAACAUCACCUCAAACUGGAGCAGUGCCUACAGUUACGCCAUUUUGAGCAUGACUUCCGAGAGGUGAAAGUGUCAUUGGACAGUCUGAUGGCGACUCUGACAGCCCUGUCAGACAUUGGGGACUGUGUCACCCUGGUAGAGAUGUUACUGAAGGACCUCAAGACCUUAGAGGAGAAGGCUCAGGAGUCGUUAGAGAAGGCCCAGCUCCAUGCCCUACACGGGGACCAGCUGAUUCAGAGCAACCACUAUUCUGUGGACUCCAUAUGGCCCAAGUGUGUGGAGCUCCGACACAUCUGUGAUGACUUCACCAACGAGGCCCAGAAGAAGUACGACGUCCUCUCCAAAUCACGCCAAAUACACAAAGGCAUAGACAAGGUGAACCAGUGGUGUGAGUCGGGGGUGUACCUGCUGGCCUCUCAGGCUGUGGACAAGUGCCAGUCCCAGGAAGGGGCUGAGGCAGCCCUGCAGGACAUUGAGAAGUUCCUGGAGACGGCCAAGGAGAACCAACUGAGUGAUCUCAAGAACAUCCACAACCAGUAUGAGCUAGUCCUCAACGUUGAAGUCAAGGCUAAUGUACAAAAGGCUCUAAAGAGGCUGGACGAUGUACAGGAGAUGUUUGAGAAGAGACAGGUUAGUCUGAAGAAGUUGUCAGCCAAACAGACCCGGCCCGUCCAGCCUGUGGCCCCCCGGCCUGAGUCCUCUCCCAAACGGCCUGCGCCCCACAAAACACCCAGGACUACCUGCCCUGCCCCUGCACUCAGUCGAAGGAUCUCAGAGAACUCUAGUGCCACAAAGCAGCCCACGGAAGCUGAGCUUGCAAAAAGGAAAAAUGUAAGCCGCAAAGUCAAAGGGAGCCUCAAGAUUGAGGUAAUGCAUGAGGCAAGCCAGGGAGGCUCCAGCCACGUCCUGGUGACGAACGAGACAGAGGAGAGUCUUUCAAACAGACGGAGACACAUCAUGAACGAGCUUAUUGAAACUGAGAGGCUGUACGUCGAGGAGCUGCAGAGCAUCAUAGAGGGAUAUGCUGCCGAGCUGGACAACACAGAGCUUUCCCCCCUCAUCCCCGCAGCCCUGGAGAACAAGAAAGAUGUACUGUUUGGCAAUCUCCCAGAAAUAUAUGAAUUUCACAACAGGACAUUUUUCAAAGAGCUUGAAAAUUGCAUGGAAAGGCCAGAAUUGGUAGGGACCUGCUUUUUGAAAAGGAAAGAAGAGCUGCAGAUCUAUGAGAAGUAUUGUCAGAACAAGCCUCGAUCAGAGGCACUGUGGAGACAGUGUGGAGAUAGCCUGUUCUUCCAGGAAUGUCAGAAGAAGCUGGACCACAAACUCUCCCUGGAUGCCUAUUUACUCAAGCCUGUGCAGAGGAUCACCAAGUACCAACUGAUGGUCAAGGAGAUGCUGAAAUGCAGUAAGAACCAGGAGGGUACUGUUGAAUUGGAGGAGGCCCUUGCCACCAUGCUGGACAUCAUCAAGUCUGUCAAUGACUCCAUGCAUCAAAUUGCCAUAACGGGAUUCGAGGGGAACCUUAGUGAGCUGGGCAAGCUCCUGAUGCAGGGCUCAUUCAACGUGUGGACGGACCACAAGAAGGGCCACAGCAAGGUGAAGGACCUGGCCCGCUUCAAGCCCAUGCAGAGGCACCUGUUCCUCUACAAUAAGAUGCUGCUUUUCUGUAAGAAGCGGGAGGAGACCACGGACGGACACGAGAAGCCGUCCGCCUCAUAUAGCUUCAAACACUCCCUAAAGAUGAGUGCUGUGGGAAUCACCGAAAAUGUCAAAGGAGACAUUAAGAAGUUUGAGGUCUGGUAUAACGGCAGAGAGGAAGUUUAUAUCAUUCAGGCUCCCUCCAUGGAUGUGAAGAACAUGUGGGUGUCAGAGAUCCGGAAAGUUCUGACAGGCCAGCUAGAAGCUUGCAGAGAGGCUAGUCAACUCCAUCAGAAGAUCACUGAGAAUGUGUAUCAUGCUCCCAUGAGAAACAUACGCAAAAUGGCCCUGAGGCAGUCGGACUCGUCUAGCCCGGAGACAGGCUUCAGGAGGAGCAACCCCAGUCCCAACAUGAGACAGAAACGAGCUGAUGCUUCUGCCACUAAUAACCCUGACCACAAUGGUUAUCUCGCUAGAAAGCGUUUCACCUUGCAGGGCCUCUCCAACAGAAGGUCUCUUCCCUCAGCCGAGCCUCCAUCUAAGGAGACAGAUGUCACACGCCGCUUCUCUGUAGCCUCCUCUAUCAGUGUCUCUGCCACCAGCCGCACAAAAGGUCCUCCUUCAACUAAUGUUAGAAAGACCAAAAGACAUGAGAUAAAAAGUGAUCCAACACCGUUCGGUUAUGAAGAUACAUUAUGCGGUGCUAUCCCUGCUGCGAGCAGACACAAAGGCACCACAGGCACAGAUUCAGCCGUGCCUAGAUCUACMUCUCAACCAGGCUGGACCCAACGGUGUUUGCCUUCAAUGGACACAGAGGACUUUGAAACCAUCCAUUCGAGUGCAGAGGAGCUCUCCAACUCUUCAGAUGGCGAGGAUGAUUCCAGUAAUAAAAAUGACCAUGAUCGCUUCCGUGUCCAGUUGAACAUACGAGUCGAGGACGGCGCAGGACCUGUCUCUGGAGUCAGGAGAUUUAGUACAGUUCCUGAAGGAGGCAGAGGAUGGCCACUGAUAUCUUCAGUGACAUGUGCACAGCAGCUCUGUCUGACUCUGAGGAAAAUGAAAACCCUACGUGGGGAGAUGUAUCUCAGGACAGCAGAUAGGCACGAUGGACCAUUUGGCCAUGAACUUCUGGAACAUGCUGGUAGCCCAACUUGGUAAAUCUUCACAGUGGGGCAUCGAUUUCAGCUGCUAUGCUCAGACAGAAAACUACAAGCCUGAAGUCAAGUCAAUAGUGAAAAUUAGAAUUAAUGCCGAACUGUUUUGCCCUGCUUCAGCUGCUGAGGUUAAAGAAAGUUACUUUUACCACCAUUUUGUCAUGUCUCAAAACCUGAACAUGAUCUGCUAGUCAGUCAGUGCUGUCAAAGAAACUGUGCUGUGGCUUUGCUGCACACCAUACUCCCUCCUGUGGCUUAAUCAUGUAACCGUUGUGAGGAGGGUCAUCCUGGACACAUAGUGGACAAAGAAGUGCUACCAUGGAAACGGGAUCUCUCUCCAUCAAGGGGGAAAAUGCUUGACCCAUAGACUCAAUUGGAGACGGGCUUGAUUGUAAUUCUUGCGUUAAGACCUUAACAUUUAAACUUCCUGAAACGUUGUUGUUUUGUCCUGCUGAAUUGUCUGCCAGUUCAGUUGUUUUAUAAAUAACUGAGGGAAUUCUCAUUUUGCAAGAGAUUUACUUUUCCCUGAACAACAACAUACAGUACAUAGCUAUUUACUUCAUCUUAUGUACAUACAUAAUAUAUAUWUUUUUUUCCACUAUUGUAAAAUAUGUGUAUAACUAUUCUAUAAAUUCUCAUCUGAUCAUUGUAAAAGUAUUCAUGCCAACUUCUUUCAAAUUGUGGCUUCUAGUGGAUUAAUCUCAAAUGUAUGUCCUGGUUAAAUGGUAGUGAAUUCACUCAUGAAAUACCAUCUUAUGGUCGAUUGUGCUUACAAGCAUUGCACAUAGCCCUGAACAUAUUUUAUUAAUCUACUAAAAUUGUGGUACCAUUGUACAGAAAAUAUUCCAAUAGUACUGUACAGCUUAUUUGGAAGUUGUAUUGCUAUACAGUACAGCCCCAAUAUAGAAUGUUUUAAUAUUAUGUAUAUUUAAGAACAUAGCUUUGACCAUCAGUGAUAUGACUCAUAUGAUCCUUCAACUGUUCAUCUGACUUUUGUUUAAACAUCAUUGUUUCUAAGCCAUAUAAUGGCAUUAAAUGCCCCAGAUAUGGUAUAACAGCAUACAUGAGAUUGUAUCGGGCCACAGUAUAGCAAUCUUUUAAUAUAAAGCGCUUCAAAAGGCUGUAUUGCUACUGCAAACAUUUUUUUGUAUGUGUUUAUUUGACCAUUAUAUCCAGGUAAGUCAUUGAGAACAAAUCAUUAUUCACAAUAGCAUAUUAUUCAAUGAACUUGUCGCAUUACCUCAAUGUAAUUCAAUCUCUUCCGAAUGCCCGUCAAGGAGUUCUAACAAUUUGGGGUGUUUAAGAAUAGUAAGACAUUGAAAGGUAUAAGCACAUGCACAAAGGGACUGAAGACAGAGGAAACUCUAGAUGGAAUGUAAAGAAGAGGUCUGGAUUUGUUUUUCAUAACCAAAAAUGUUGUGUUCCUAAUCUCUGAGACCGGACCUCUGCAAAAAAUAUCACUAAGACGUUAUGAAAUUCAGCCAAAAGGCAAUGAAUUCCCACGAAGCACAAAGCAACUGCCUUUUUAGACAGGUGCUGGACUCAUUUAAGAUGAGUUACAAUGAAAUGUCAUUCAAUCCGAGUGAAUUCAGAAUGCAUCUGUGACUGUUUUCUAUGGAUAAGUGUACAUUACUUUUCUGUAAUUUUAAGUAUAUUAUGAAAUGCAUGCAUCUUGAAAGCCAAUGUUAAUUUCUGCUCUUUUGUCAGUGAUCAAUGCUGUUUCAGGUAUAGCAGAACACAGCCAGCUCACUAUAUCAUUAUAAUUCCUGCCUACCCAUUGCUACUCCCUCAAGGGAAAGAAGAAAGACAUUAAUGUUAGACUUAAAGCAUAAUGUAUUCCCUCAGUUGGUGACUGGUACUAAGUUUUUAUCUGCUUUCUCCUACUGAUAUUAAAUCAUAUUUUAAAGAA